CUGCUGCUCUGACGUCAGCUGCCCCAACGCCCUGCAGUGUCAGUGAUUUUCAGGCGGAGCGCUGGGAGAGCUCAGGCGCCUUCACACACUUUACAGCCUCGGAUUUUCUGGGUUUAAUCGCUGCUAUCGAGAAGAAAACGCGUGUGAAGAUAGCUGGAUCGGUGCUGGAACAGUGGCUGGAAGAUGGCGGGGCUGAGGCUCUUUUUGCGGCUCUGGGGAAUCGCCAACAUGGGUCUCCCCUGACUGCCUGCUGCCUUUUACUGCUGCUGCUGGAGCUGCUGCUGCUGGAUCUGGAGGUCCUGCAGGCUACUGUUAGCCCCCAGCUCUCCAACAACAAGCUCUACCUGGAGAUUAGAAGCUGAUUUUGCAUGAAAACACCACGUUUUAGCGUCUUUAAGUCGUUAAUUCGCUGUAGGAAGAGGUCUUGCUAAUUAUAUAUUAGUCUCUUUGCCGGGGUGGAGCUGCGGUUGAAUUAUGUAUGCAGUACCCAGCUUAGGUCCUAUAACAGUAGCUAACGUACAUUGGUUACGUUAAUUUGUGGGGUUUCAGAGUGAUACUGAAUGCUUAAAUGCUUAAAUAAGGGUUAUUUCCAAGAGAGUGGUGUGAUAUUUAUUGUUGUACACGUUUUAAAUAUGUCUGUGUUGUGUUCUUUUGGCGAUAUAUAGCUCUUUUUUUUAGCUAUAUAGACAUAAACACACACACACACAUGCAUAUAACGUUACAUACACAUAUACAGAGUGCAGGUUCAGUGCAGACUGUAUUUAACUUAACGUUACGUUAAUAGGGCUUCAUAUAGCCAAGCUAGCUAAGCUAACUUAGCUAAUGAAGGUUAAAUCAGCGUUUUUAAAAGUCUAACUAACUACCCAAAUCAUUAGUUGACUAAUUUACACAAUUUCUGACCAUAUGCAAAGCUUGGGUCUACCUAAACUGAGCUAAAAACUAGCUUAGCUUUGCUAGCGUUAACUUAACAGUGUAGGUAACUUAGGCUAACUAGCUAGCUAGCUGUUUAGCUAGCUUAUUAGCUAACGUUUGCUAAGUUAGCUAGCUAGCUAAAGAAAAUAACAGCAAAUUGGAUCAUAUUUAAGCUGCUAUUCUUCGUUUUCAGUCUGUCAAAAUCUGGCUAAGCGUCUAAAGAUAUUUAUUUAAUUCACUUUGGCUUCGUUUUCAGUUUAAUAUUCCACAAAAGUGACCAACUUAGCUUGUUAGCAUGCUAGCAGGCAGGAUUGUUUGAGAAAACUAGAACUUUCUUUAGUACUAAUUCUCGUUUUUAAUGUGUCAAAAUCUUGCUAAGCGUCUGAAGAUAUUAUUGUAACUUAAAUGUUGUUUAGGCUAAUUUCCAUCUUAAUAUUCCACAAAAGUCGUUCCUUUAGCUGGUUAAUCAACCUAGGUAGUUGGUAGGGUUUGAGAAAACUGCAACAUUCCCUACGUUUUAAGCUGCCGAUUCUCGUUUUUUAAUGUGUCAAAAUCUGGAUAAUCGUCUACAGAUAUUCAUCUAAUGCGCUUUAGCUUAAUUUCCAGCUCAAUAUUCCACAAAAGUGACCAACUUAGCUUGUUAGCAUGCUAGCAUGCAGGAUUGUUUAAGAAGACUAGAACUUUCUUUAGUACUAAUUCUCGUUUUUAAUGUGUCAAAAUCUUGCUAAGCGUCUGAAGAUAUUAAUGUAACUUUGUAAUGUUUAGCUUAAUUUCCAUCUUAAUAUUCCACAAAAGUCAUUACUUUAGCUGGUUAAUUAACCUAGGUAGUUGGUAGGGUUUUGUUUGAGAAAACUGCAACUUUCCUUAAGUUUUAAGCUGCUAAUUAUCGUUUAACGUGGCAAAAUAUGCCUAAUUGUCUACAGAUAUUCAUAUAAAUGCUGAUUAGCUUAAUGUCCAGCUAAAUAUUCUACAAAGGUCGCACCUGUAGCCGGCUAGUCUAUACUUAAGCUAAAUUUCCUUCUUAAAUGUCCCUUAAAAGUCACCCAUUUAGCUAGGUUAGCUAACACUAGAAGCUAGUAGAACUGUAUUAUAAAAAGUAUUUAUGCAAGUUUUUUGGUUGUGCAUCUACAAAGUUUAAGCUACUGCUUUUCAUUUUCAGCUAUUUGUUCUGGUCAUCCACAGAUGUGGACUUCAAGCUGUUUAGCUUGAUUUUUAAUUAUAUUCUUUUUAUUCAAGGUGUCAAAAGCUUGCUAAGUGUUGACAUUAUGCUGUUUAGCACAAUAUUUUCACUUAAAAUGUCCAACACAAGUGAACAGUUCAGCUGGCUAGCAAGUAGGGCUGUACGAUAAAUCAUAUUUUUAUCUUUAUCACAAUUUUGAUUUCCACAAUAAACACCUCAAGGCUGUGAUGUCUCGUUGACGAACAGCUAACUCUAGUUGCAUUAAUUUACAAAGCGCACUAUUCACACUGCACUCAAGGCAUCAAAAUCUUGCUGUUCAUCCACAGAUGUGAACAUUUGUAGCUGUAUGUUCAGCUUAAAUACCCCCAAAAUUCAAAUCUAUUUAGCUAGCUAGCUAGUUAUCGUAGCAGACGUGUUUUUUUAGCCAACAGACUACAAUGAAAAGCAGCUCCACAGGUCUUCAAAGCUUCUCCAGAAGGAGCAAGUUUCUAAAUGAUCUGCUUCAGAUUAGCUCGCCAGCCUAUUCUGAACCAACCCAUGGCUCUAUACAUCUAAGAUAGGCCAGCAUGGCACUUUCUGAGCUUUGUGAGACGCCCUUGGAGAACAUUACACUAAACAGCAGCUUCUGUAGGCAGUAGAAGUUGGAGAUUCCUCCGUAACUUCUAUUUGUUGUACACCAGUUUUUGGACUUCUCCUCGCCUCUAAAAGAAGCUGCCGUCAUGUCGACCAAAUCUUCGACCAAGGAGAAAAAGUCAGGCCUGAGCAAGAAACUCUUCCGGAGAGGCUCGGUACGCUCAGUGGGGAGUUUUAUGAACAGGGUCUUGAAGACCCUUACAACCCUCUCCCACUUUGGAUCAGAGCUUCAUGCAGCAGAAGGUGAAAAGGAUGAUGGAGGCUUCACUGCCUUCAAGGUCGAUGGUAAGGGCUCUGUGGCCUCUGACGAGAGCGACAGUGGUGGCUUCCUUUCUCGGGAUAAAAUUCCAGGUGUGUCCGGCCUAAAGAACCAUGGGAAUACCUGCUUCAUGAACGCCAUCCUGCAGUGCUUGAGUAAUACGGACCUGUUCGCCGAGUACCUGGCAUUGGAGCAGUUCCGUGGAGAUGUGACCACUGAGGAGGAGAAGCCCAAGACCAAUGGGGUUCACUUGCAAAGGAAAGGUGCCCAGAGCAAGGGGGAUGUAACUGAACAUCUGGCUGGACUGGUUCGGGCCCUGUGGACCUUUGAAUACACGCCACACCAUAGUAGAGAAUUCAAGAAUGCAGUGUCGAAGCGUGCUAUGCAGUACAGAGGGAAUGCUCAGCAUGAUGCUCAGGAGUUCCUGCUCUGGCUGCUGGACCGAGUGCAUGAAGACCUGAAUGCUGUUGGCCACAGCAGGGCUUCUAUAAAGCCGCCUAUAGAGGAAGAUGAUGGAGCUUUAGAAGGACCUUCGCUCCCGCUGUCAGCUGGUUCCUUUGUUCAGGAGCUUUUCCAGGCUCAGUACAGAUCCUCACUCACCUGCCCGCACUGUCAGAAGCAGAGCAACACAUUUGAUCCUUUCCUCUGCAUCUCUCUGCCCAUCCCGCUGCCUCACACUCGGCCCCUGUAUGUGACGGUUGUCUAUCAGGGUAAAUACUCUCACUGCAUGAGGAUCGGGGUAGCCGUGCCUCUCAACAGCACCGUUUCCAGACUGAGAGAAGCUGUUUCACGAGAGACCAAGAUCCCUCCAGACCAGUUUGUCCUGACGGAAAUGUAUUACGACGGUUUCCACCGCUCCUUCUGCGACGACGACGACGAUCUCGACAUCAUUCAGGAGAGCGACUCCAUUUUUGCGUUUGAAACCCCGGAGACUUUCAGAUUAGAAAACAUUCGCUCUAAAAGAGGGAGUCUUCUGGCCAACCUUAACCAGAACAAUCUGAAGUACGGCAGUGAGAUGGCACGCACACCGUCCUUCAUGCAGGGAGCUGUGAAUCCGUCAUCGCCCAAUAAAAACGCGGGAGCUGACAAGAUGAUCCUGCUGAUCUGCAAUAGAGCCUGCACUGGCCACCAAGGACGGAGGUUUGGCCUCCCGUUUGUACUUUACAUGGAGCGCACUGUGACCUGGGACGUGCUUCAGAAGGCAAUUCUGGAGAAGAUGCAUCACCUGCUGAGACAGGGGGUUUACAUCCAGGUGGGACCCUUUAGUCUGAGAGUGGUUGGAGUGGUUGGCAUCACGUACCUGUUGCCUCAGGAGGAACAUCCGCUGUGUCACCCCACUGUGGAAAGAGCCUACAAAUCCUGCGGGCAGGGGGGCCCUCCUCAUGUCAAGAUUGUGGUGGAGUGGGACAAAGAGACCAAGGAUUAUCUGUUCGGCCACACUGAGGAAGAGUACAUUCCUGACGCUGAGAGCGUGUACCUGCACCGUGAGCAGCACCAUCAGCCCCAGGCCUGUACCCUCGCUCAGUGCUUCCAGCUCUACACCAAAGAGGAACAGUUGGCCCCAGAUGAUGCCUGGCGAUGUCCACACUGCAAGCAGCUGCAGCAAGGCCGCAUCAAGCUCAGCCUGUGGACCCUGCCUGAUGUUCUCAUCCUGCACCUCAAGAGGUUCAGACAGGAGGGAGACAGACGAGUGAAAAUGCAGAACAUGGUGAGAUUUCCGCUGGUCGGCAUGGACAUGGCCCCCCACAUGGUGAAGAGAAGUCAGAGCAGUUGGAGUCUCCCGUCUCAUUGGUCCCCCUGGAGGAGACCUUAUGGCCUUGGUCGUAAUCCGGAGGACUAUCUGUAUGACCUGUAUGCUGUAUGCAAUCAUCACGGCAACAUGCACGGAGGACACUACACAGCGUACUGCAAGAACUCCAUUGACGGACAGUGGUACUGCUUCGAUGACAGCGAGGUCCAGCCCGUGGCUGACGAGGACGUGUGCCAGCAGACGGCCUACAUCCUGUUCUACCAGAGGAGGACGACGAUUCCCUCGUGGUCUGCCAACAGCUCUGUGGCGGGCUCUACUAGCUCCUCGUUGUGUGAGCACUGGGUAACCCGACUCACUGGCAGCAGACCACCCAGUCUGGCCUCCGGAGCCUCCUCACGGCGCACAUCCCUGGCGUCUCUGGCCGAGUCCAUGGAGUUCCCUGGGGACCGCAGUGAAGACGACGGAGGAUUCUCCACCCGGCCCUUUGUGAGGAGCAUUCAACGUCAGAGCUUGUCUUCCAGAUCCUCCAUAGCCAGCCCGCUGGCUUUCAGUGAGAACGGGUCCAAGCCCUCCUGGCCGCUGUCCGCGAAACUCCAGAUGAGGUCCAACUCGCCGUCCCGCUUCUCCCUAGACUCCCGGUCUUCGCCGCCCCUGGAGAGGAUCGGAGAGGCAAGCGACGACAAGGUGUCGACGUCGUGCUUCGGCAGCUACAGCAGGCACGAGCGCCACCCCGGCAACAAGGCCCCGCUGGCCAUGAUGGAAGGCAACGGCAGCGACGACAACAGCAGCAAGAGGAUCCUGGACGAGGCCUACUGCAGAGUUCCUACGUCGGCUGACAAAAAGAGCUCCAAAGGAGAGCCCUUGGACAACAACAAUCAACUCAACGCCGUGGACCAGAACUUGCAUGGGACUCCUUCAAAAGAGCAACGCCACAAGAGCUCCGGAGGAUCUAUGCCCUCUAAGGCCGAGGGAUCUUCUUCGAAAAAGAGCAUGACUAAAACAAAGAGCGACCAAGAGAAGUCCUCGAAGAAGCGUCAGAGUGCUUCGUCGUCUUCUGUGCAGAAGUCUCCUUCUUCUCAAGCGUCUUCCAGCCCUCAAGGCAAGGGUGCCAAAGUGACCAACUUGAAAGAAAAGAGUGACCCCGCCAAGAGCACCAAAGGGGUCUCUUCGGGAACCCCAUCUAAGAAGAAGGAGUCUUCUCAAGCUCUGGAGAUGCCGCCUUCGUCAUCUUCAGCAGCCGGAAAGGCGAAGCAGCGCCUGACUACGUCGACCCCGCAGUCAUCUGCGUCUCCAUCGCCAACUGCGAAGAAGAGCUCUUCCUCUCUGGCUGAGAAAAGUUCUGCCUCCAGCAAGAAGAAGCCCACGGAGAAGAGCACAAGCUCGCCUCAUUCCAGCCCCCUUGCGGACAAACCCAGGGCUAGCGGAGCUUCCCGAAGUUCUCAGCCCAGAGGCGCCGAAGGAGGGCGAAUCGAGAGGAGGCCUGUGAGGAGCUCCAGCAGCAGCUCGUCGGUCACCAGCCUUCGCUCGCCAAGCGUAUCGUCCAGAGACCUGCGACGCAGCAGCAAAUCCGAAGACAAAGGCCUGUCCUUCUUUAAGAGCGCCCUGCGGCAGAAGGAGUCACGACGCUCUGCCGACUUGGGCAAGACAACCAUCCUCUCCAAGAAGGUUUGCGAGAGAACAGCCAAGUCCUGCAGCCAGACUAAACUGGGCGAAGGAGAGGGCGAGGGGGAGGGCAACGCCUCCCAACAAGCCUCGCCCGCCUCGCACUCCAGCAAGGCUGCCAGCGAAGACAAGGAUUCGCCCAAAACCUCCGUCUCCACCAAACGCUCUCUGUUACCCGUAGGCAAGUCCAAGUCUUCCAAUUCCGAGACGAGUCUAAAGUCUCCCGUCAACGGGAAGAGGCCUGUGGAGAAGGUGGCCUCCUCCAAAAAGCUUUCUUCCAGCAUGCAAUCCUCCGCACACCCAACACAGACGCCUCAAUGAUGGAUCGAUAAUUGAUAUUUGAAUAGCAGUUUCAUUAUUUUCUGUAAUGCAGCUAUUUUUUGACGUGCCUAAGAUUGAAUAUAUAUAUAUAUAAAGUAUAUAUAAAUUAUAUAGGAUAUACCUUUUACUUUUCUCAAAGAAAAUAUGUACAUGAUCUAAAGCGCCUUUCUGGCCUGCCAUGGAACCAAAACCUCGUUGCCUCUGGCAAGGUGUGGUAUACAAAUUAUAUACUACUGUUCACAACUCUGAAUAGGAAUGUUUAACUUUAGCACUUUGUAUAUAUAUAUAUAUAUAUAUAUAUAUAUAUGUAUAUAUAUAUAUAAAUAUAAAUAUAUUAUGUUUUCUGUUUCGGAUAAUGCUCAACCAUCCAACCAGAGAGACUGUGUGUAAUGUACGUACGUUUUUAACUAACUGUUAGUUACUGUUGAGUCAGCUGGGUCUUUAAAAUAUUCCUUGGAAUAUUUUACUAUAAUAAUAAUACUCCCAACAGAAUUGCUCCACUUCUAUACACUUCUACACACUUCUACAACUUGGUGCUAUUCAAAGGGCAAUGGAGGAGUAGAAGCAGCUUGACGUGUGGUGGGUCACCUUGAUGCCAGGAUGCCAACUUAAGUCAGUAGUCGUCGUCACCGUGCAGAGGAAGCAGGACGUCAGCAGUGUAACUUUUCUCAUAGGCACCUAUUAUUAUUAUAAAUAUUAUUAUUAAUAUUAUUAUUAGUAAUAAUACCAGAUCAGAAGAACCUGCUGUGUGGUACCCCAUGAUGAGUUCUCCCUUUAUAUACUAUGGAAUGGAACAAUAAUGAUAAUUGUUCCAGUAGCAUAACUGCCCUUAGAAGUGUGAACUACGCAGCAUUAUUGCCAACUGUAGACCAACAACAACAAUAGCGUUCUAUAAAAGAGAGCUCAUUUGAAAUAAUGGAAAUAAUGGAAAUUUGACAAUCCUAAAUACUUUUUUGUAUUUUUUAAUUUUUACGUUUGUUACGUUUGUUACAUUUGUUACGUUUACUUUCACGAGCAGCUCUAAAUGUGCUUCGCUAUCCAUUUGUAGACCAAGGUAAAGGGAACAUAAUUCUGCAUGAUUUUUUUUUUUCUGUUUUUAAUUUUUUGUAAAAGUAGUCAAAUGCAGUUUUACUUGAACCAUUUUUUUUCUUUCCCUGCCUGCCAAAUUUGAUGCCAACAUUCACUGUAGCUUUAGCGUAGCAUGCGUUCCCUCCCAACCAGGGUCACGCCCAUAUGUGUGUCGGUUUGUAUCUCCAUAUACUAAUCUGUGGAUUAGCAGUGCAAUAGUUUUCCGAACUUUGUAGAUGAACAAAUGAUUUACUUCUGUAUUCAAGAACUAGAACACAAGUCUGUCGAGUCGAUGUAGACCACUUUAAAAUGCUACGUUUUUUUUUUUUUUUUUUUUUUUUUUUACUUUAAAACGGUAUAUACUGUACGUAUGCAAUAGAAACGAGAGUCAUUUAAUCAUAAUAUAUCCUAAAUUAAUCUUCUGGAAUGCUGUGCCAUCGAACAAACUAUACAGGACCCCUCCCAAAGCACUGACUUCCUGUGGCGAGAUCUAAUACCCACAUUCACUUCUCCUUUUUAAAGGAAAUGAUCAACUUUUUGUUUUAUUUAAAAUAAAGUUUUAAUAAUUUAAAGUAAAGGUUUUUAAUAAAGAUGAUGUUGGCUUGGAAAAUGUCAGUAUGUUUUAAGCAUAACAUUUUUAAACCUUCAGGCUGUAAAGUCUGAGCAGCCAAAUUAUUAUACAAUCUUAUUUGUGUUUGUAAAUCAAAAAUUGACCAUUUUAAAAAGAAAUUAUGUCCACACAGGAUGUGAAUUAAAUGUAAACCAAUUAGCUAAAACAUUAGCACCACUUCUGCUCUGUUUUCUGACAGAAAACUUAAUCCAAAACCAAUACUAUAUGUAUCUUUCUUUUUGUUAAAGCAUUCUUCUACACUUCAUUUCCCAUAAUUAUUCCUGUACAUGUUAAAAAAUGUAUCCUAUCAAAUGGAAAAGAAGAAAUUUAAUACAAUCUUUUGCCAGAUUUAAUACAUAUAGCUGCUCCUCUCUCCUAGUUGUUUUUAAUGAGCUAUUAUGAGUUAACAUUCACUCGCUCACAGCUGCGUUAAAGUGUGACAAAUGUAAAGUAACACUUCCUACUCUAAUACUUACCGAUUUGAUCAACCAGUUUAUAUUAACUAUAUUAUAUUAUAUAUUAUAUUAUAUUAUGGCUCAAUUUCUUAAAGUAACUCAUCAAUUUUUCACCUGCAGGCACUUUGAAGUUCAUUUGUUCUCCCUAAAAGCUCACUUCUGCUGUUAGCCAGGGAGUUGCACAGUUACCCUGAUUGCUGUUGCCACUUUUGAAGCUCCCAUGUUGACUGACAAGGCGAUCCAUCUACCACUAUUAUUUCCUUUAUUACGGCCGUUCCCCGCUAGUGCCACACUGACCCAGUCAAUUAGAUGUUGUUAAUAAAGAUGAUCAGUGAUCUUCACUUUACCCUCCUGUCAGUGGUGCUAAUGUUAUGGCUGAUUGGUAUACAGUUCAUAUACUGUAGUAUGUGGUCAAUUUCAUUGUUCUAAAAGCGUUGUUGCUCAAAAAUUGCUGUACGAUAGGUGCUUAAUUAUACAUAUAAAAAAUAAACAGAGAGAGCUGCUGUCUACACAUAGCCUUAGCCAAUCAGUGCAAGCAAAUGUGUUUAAAAGUAACGCUGACUUUUUUUUUUUCUGUUCCUUGUAAAUUCACACUCAUGCCACCCUGCCCCCCAAACCUUAUUGAGUGCCCUAAAGCCCCAUCCACACACAUCUACAUAUACUUAAAAAAUAAAAAUAUAUCGUUUGUGUGUUUUCUCGACUCCAGUCCACACAAAAAUGGUCUACAUAUGGAUCUACUUCAUUUAAUAAGCUAAAUUAAUAAGCUAUUACAACAAAAACAGCAUUAACUUGUCUAAUAAAGUAAUAUAGAAAGUCAGUUUAAGUCAUUUAAUAUGUUAAUAUACCCCACAUUAUGGUUAUUGGAUAGAUAAUUAAUCUGGAGAGUUAAAUCAAUAAGGAUAUUAACUGACUGCUGGAAAAAACAAGGAUUAGAUCAGUAUCCUGAAAGAUUGGAGCUUUAACAGUAUAAACGAAUGUGGGAUCACCAUUUGUAUAGUAUAUACAAUAUUUUGUAAACCCUUUGUAAAGGAGCCUUAUAUUGGAAAGGGUACCUACAUUAUUAUAAGACUAGCCUCCUGUCUGUUUGAAUGGAGAGAGACCAAAUUAUUCUAGAUUUGAUUGACAUGUGAACAACAUAUUUUAAAUCACUGAUAAAAUCUGAAAAAAAAAAAAACACAAACUUUUGGCUUAAAAAUGCUCCAAAAAACUAGAUUUUACUGCUUGUUAUGGCUGCUGCACCUGCGCAGAUCUCCAGCAUACUGACUGAUAAAGUCUCUGAUCGAAAUACAAAUAUACAAAUUUAGAGAUAUAUGGAUGUGUGUGGAUGUAGCCUGGUGCUACUAUUUUAUGAUAAACCUUUUUAUUUGUAUAAUUGUAUACACAAAACUGAUCAGCUUUGCUAUUGUGAUUUAAAUUUUUUGUGUUAAUUGUUUUUAUUAUUUGAUUUUAUUUUGUUUCUUUUUAUAAUUUUCUUUUUGCUCUAAAAACCAUAAAAAUCCAUACCUAAAAAUAAGUAUAAUUGUGCCACAAAGGCCUGAAGCCAAUGGUGCACUUCCCAGAUUACUUCAGAUUAUUACAGACUAGUCUAGUCCAGGGUGUAGCUUUGUUUUGUAAAGGGGACCAUUUUUUUUUUACAAACUGUGCCCUGAAUCUACCGUUUGAAGAGUUAUGGCGAGCAGUAUUGCAUGACGACACUGAUGCAUGCACGUAUCUAUGCAAGCAGAUGUUGCUGAGAAAAAAUAAUGUAGUUACCGAUAUUUCUGUAUUUUUAAUCGUCAACAGUGGAAAGCAUGGGUCGAUUCCUUCUAUUGCUUUUUUGCACACUUGUGUUGUACCAUUUUGUUCCUUAAAAAAAAAGAUAAUGUAAAGGAAGCGCAGUAGAUAUUAGCCUAUGUCCUUUAUCAGAUAUCUGAAAAGCAACAUUGGACAAGCAGCUGUCCGAAAUCUUUUGGGUUUUCCACUCAUAAGCUUUCUAAGGGAAUUUAUUUCACAUGUAUUACAUAAAGCAGGGGUCGGCAAUAGGUGGCCUGCGGGCCAGAUGUGGCUGGCAAGCAUGAAACAUCUGGCCCGUGAGGUUGUUGGGACUAUAAUGAACAAUAAUGGGGGAAAAAAAAUAAAAUAAAAUGCUUCUCUGGUGAGCUUUUGUUUAUAUUCCUCCCCUGUCUCUCUCUCUGUUGCUCUCGGUGUGACUAUAGUUUCCGCCCGUUCUCGUUUUUCCACCCGUUCUUGGGCUCCCUAUCUCCUUAUAAGGGCGUUUUUUUCCCCGGCCAUGUCCCAAUUCACUAGCCUGGGCAGUGGUAGUGUAUUGGACCGCAACCCUGACGACACAGGUUUGAUUUGACCUUUUUUCCUUUUUUCUUGGUUUGUACCUGCUUUGCAUUUAACUGUUCUGCAAUUGGGUUCAACAACCCUCUGGGCUGGAGAGCUACUAGUCUGUAGCACUCCAUCCAAUUACAUCUCAUUUUCCAAAACAGAAUAUUUUUUUGUGGCCAAGUAAUGGCUUGGAAAAUAUCUGGCCCAUGGCCAAACUUAAUUGCCGACCCCUGAUCUAAAGUCAUGUUGAUUCCACCUUUUUUAUUAUUAUUUAUUUUUGGUUCCAACGAUCAUGUUCUCUUGUAUGUAUAUACAGUACCAAAAGUCAAAAGUUUGGACACACCCCUUUUUUUUUCUUUUUUUUUUGUGUUGUAGAUGAAUGUUGGUUAUUCUAACAAAACUGGGAGAGAAACACACAUUAUUUUAGGGCCAUAUCACUCACCCCAAAUACUAUCACGAUAAUUCAUGGUAUUUUUUUUUAUUUUCUCGAUAACGAUACUCUUGGUGUAAUGACAAAACACUGAUAAAAAAAAUAAUAAUUUCAAGAAUACGCUACUGCAACAAAAUAAAUACAUUUUUAUUAUUGCAUACGAUAGGAUAUGGAACACCCCUAACUGAGAUAUUAAAAAAUACAAGUAUUUUAUCAGAUUUGUAACAGAAGCCGAUGAUCCCGAAUGUCAUGAUACUAAUAAUUAAUAAUAAUGCAGUCCAAAUAUCUUCAUAUAUCCAGGAUUAAAGUAAAAUAAAUGAUAGUGGACAAAUAUAAUCUGUCUCUAGUAGAUAUAUAAUGGGAAAUUACAGUGUGACUUUUUUUUCUUUUGCAAAAAAAAAAAAAGUAGUACCCUGAUGCGAUAGUUAGGGGUGAGUGAUAUGCAACACAUUUUUGUUUAUUUGUUAAAUAAUUCCAUAUGUUCCUUUUUAUAGUUAUGAUAUCUCCACAAUUAUUAAACCACAAUGUAAAAAUAAAUAAUAAUACAGAAAACCUGUUGAAUAAUAAGGAGUGUCCAAACUUUUGACUGGUCCUGUUAUUGUCUUGUAUUGUAUUGUUUUAUAAGGUUUUGUAUGCAGAAACAAUUAGCACCGCUAACAAUUAGCUUAUAUCGGUCACAAUCGCUUUUUUAACAGAAUUUACAUCGUUACGCAAAGCCCUCAAACCAUUAGUUAUAUUGUAAAUCAUUCCCAGUACCUUACAUAUGGCAGCAUAUCGAGACUAAUCAUACAGUCAUGGGAAAAGAUUAGGAUACAACCUGCAUUAAAAACCUUUUGUCUUUUUGAUCAUAUUUAAAUAUAUGGGUAUUUAAGCUUCAUUUAAACAAUAUUGAGAGAUGGAGGGCAGGUAACUUAACAUUUACAAAUAAAAAAUGCAGCUGCUUGGCCAUGAAAAAAAAUAAAUACAGUCUGAAAUUACAAUAAGUUACAAUUGCAAAUAAAAUUACGAUUACAAAUCAAUUACAGUUACAAAUUUUAAUUAAUACCAUGGCAAAUACAAAUCACAAUUAGUUACACUUACAAAUUAUGAUUACAAAUUAAUUACAGUUACACAUUUCAAGUAAUUACAAUUGCAAAUACAAAUCACAAUUAGUUUCAACUACAAAUUACAAUUACAAAUCAAUUACAGUUACCAAUAUUCAUUAAUAGUAGUUACAGUUACAAAUUAUGACUGCAAAUCAAUUAGUUACAAAUUUCAACUAAUAAUUACACAUACAAAUUACAGGUAGCUACAGUUGCAAAUUACGAUUACAAAUCAAUUAGUUACAAAUUGCAAAUACAAAUUAAGAUUGCAAAUCAGUUAGUUACAAAUUUCAACUAAACAAUUACAAAUACAAAUUACAAAUCAGUAACAGUUACAGAUUUCAAUUAGCAAUUGAAAAUAUGAAUUACAAUUAGAUACAAUUACAAAUUGUGAUUACAAAUCAAUUACAGUUAGUUACGAUUGCAAAAAUACUAAUAACAAAAAUGACAAAUUAUGAAUAGCUUAAAGGUGGAGAACAUUUAAAACAGGUGCCUUGUACUUUCAGCCUAAAAGCAGAGCACAAGUAUCCAACGAUAGUAAUUCUACCUUCAUAUUUCGAUAUUUUUUCAAAUGUCCCUAUGUUUAAAUAUGUUUCAUUUUGUUUAUAUGUUUUUUCAAACAGUGUUUUUUAUGGGGUGUCCUAAUAUUUUGGCAUGACUGUAUCUGGUGGUUGUUUUAACCCUUUGGUUUUUAAGAAAUGUUUGAUUGCUGAAAUUUUUGAUUGUAUGUAAAUGAGAUGCUGAACUCUCUCAAGUGCAAAUAACAGGGUUUAUGAGCCUUAGAUUAGAACAGGUGCGUUUAUUGUUACGCUGAAUGACGAGUCUUAAUCCGUUUUAUUGUAUGAAUUAUUAUUAUUAUUAGAUAUAUAUAUAUAUAUAUAUAGUUCGUACGCAUGGUUUACACACUGGACUUGAGUUGUUUUACCGCAGGAUAAUCCCAGUUUUACCAGCACCUUCCCGGUGCUCUCUACACUACUCCCGCCGGUGCCCGUUCAGGCUGAGAGGAACUUCGGCUGGUUUUAGGCUGUUUUUUUUAUUGUCUUUAUUUUAUAAUAUUUCCUGUACAGUAGACUUUCGAGGUUGACCAAAAUAUAUGACUAUUUGGAAAUGUACCAUGUUAAUGUUCUGUUGCAUGAGACUGCGUCAAUGGCUUUAAUUUAUUUGUAUGUUUUGUUAAAUGUGUAAUGCACUUUUUUCAUAAACUUGUUUUUCAUGUUUUGUUUUUUUUUGUUUUUUUAAAGAAUGCAUUUCUUUGAGAAAGCAUUUAUAUUCAUGACAUUGGUUCACCAAUGUAAGACAGACAUUGAGAUGUAAUUAAAAGAUAGACCUGCAUUAGAGGUCUGAGCUCA